UCCCAUUUGGUAGGUUGCCUUUUCAUUUUGUUGAUGGUUCCUUUGCUGUGCAGAAGCUUUUUAGUUCAAUGUAGUCUCAUUUGUUUUUACUUUCCUACUCUUUUUAUGGCUUGGAUAUGGUAGUGAGAUCUUUACUCAUGCCUGAGAUUUUAUAAUUGGAAUUUCAUUUUCUACCUUUAACAUUAAAUACUGCAUAUUAAUAUUUAUGUGACUGUCUUCAUAUGUACAUCUUCAGAGGCGAAACAAAGUUUUAGUAAUCUUAAAUACCUGCUAAAUAUGACAGUGCCAGAGAUAUAGGGGAAUCUGAAUAAAUGCUUUAACUAUUUCUAAAAGUAUUUUCUGGAGACAUGACAAAACAGUGGAAUUUUACAGUUGGUGUCAUAUGUAAAUUUUUUAAAUGAUUCUUAAACAGCAUGGUAAGAGUAAGUUUUCAUGUCUUUCCUACAUCACCAAAUGCUGAUCAUUUCCAAACGAAUAGCAAUAUGCCAUUUCAGGGAUCAGUUUCAUUCACGGAUGUGACUGUGGACUUCACCCAGGAGGAAUGGGAGCAACUGGACCCCUCUCAGAGGAUCCUCUACAUGGACGUGAUGUUGGAGAAUUAUAGCAACUUACUUUCAGUGGAGGUAUGGAAGGCUGAUGACCAGAUGGAGAGAGACCACAGAAACCCAGAUGAGCAGGCAAGGCCAUUUAUAAUCAUUAAGAACCAAACCCCAAUUGAAGAAAGAGAUAAUCUCUUUGGAAAAACAUUUAAUCUUAGCCCAGACUUUGUUUCUUUAAGACAAAUACCCUAUAAAUAUGACUUAUAUGAAAAAACUUUGAGAUAUAACUCAGACUUACUUACUAGCAACAGAAGCUAUGUAAGAAAGAAAGCUGAUGACUGUAACGGAUUUGGAAAAGCACUCCUCUAUCUGAAGCAAGAGAAAACCCAUACUGGAGUGGAAUACUCUGAAUAUAAUAAAAGUGCAAAAGCCUUCAGCCAUAAAGAAGCCAUUUUUAAACACCAGAAAAUUAGAAAUUUGGUGCAACCUUUUAUCUGUAAUUACUGUGACAAGGCGUUCUCAUUUAAAUCACUCCUUAUUAGUCAUAAGAGAAUACAUACUGGAGAAAAACCUUAUGAAUGCAAUGUGUGUAAGAAAACCUUCUCCCAUAAGGCAAACCUCAUUAAACAUCAGAGAAUCCAUACCGGGGAGAAACCCUUUGAAUGUCUUGAGUGUGGCAAAGCUUUCACCCACCAGUCAAACCUCAUUGUACACCAGAGAGCACAUAUGGAGAAGAAGCCCUAUGAAUGCAGUGAAUGUGGCAAGACAUUUGCCCAGAAAUUUGAACUUACUACACACCAGAGAAUUCAUACGGGAGAACGACCCUAUGAGUGUAAUGAAUGCGCAAAGACCUUCUUUAAGAAAUCAAACCUCAUUAUACACCAGAAAAUUCACACGGGGGAGAAACGCUAUGAGUGCAGUGAAUGUGGAAAAUCCUUUAUCCAGAACUCACAACUCAUUAUACAUAUGAGAACUCAUACAGGAGAAAAGCCCUAUGAAUGUACUGAAUGCGGCAAAACAUUCAGCCAGAGGUCAACGCUUAGGUUACAUUUGCGGAUCCAUACCGGAGAGAAACCCUAUGAGUGUUCUGAAUGUGGGAAGGCCUUCAGCAGGAAGUCCCGACUCAGCGUCCAUCAGAGAGUUCACACAGGAGAUAAACCCUGAGACUGCAGCCAGGUCGCACUGUGGAGAACCCUCCCAUUGGGGAGAAACCUCGUGAAGGUGCUGAAGGAACAUGGGAACUCAUCCUGAGAUACAAUCUAUCAACUCAAAACUGUGUAACAGUGGGGUUCCCUAAGAACAAUAUUGUACUGAUAGGUAUGAUAUCCAACUAAAGAAUACAUAUCAGAAUAUAUCCAAAUGUAAAUAGAUAUACUUAGCUGUGUUACAGUGAGCUUCUUGAAAUCUGGAAUGAAUUAUUCAAUAAUGAAAUAUUCUGGGCAGCAAGCAGCAUAAAGGAGCUGGAGACAGUACUCUAGGAAUUCAGUGGUUGUGUGCAAGAAUAUGCCACAAAAAACCCUGUGUAUUUUAGAUCUGCACAUAUAAAUUUAACAGAGUUUGAGAUCCUUGUCCUGAUAAUUAAGACACAUCAAACACAAUUUUCCAUACUGAACAUCACAUGUGUUUUUCAGUACCUUAAUAA